CCUUUACACACUCACACACGCUCUCUCUGCUCUCACACACACUCACACAGCCUGUUCACACACUCUCUGAGCCUGUGCUGGACUCCUCUCUCUCUCUGGACCUCUAAAACUCUGAGAUGUUCCCUGAUGAGCUGCUGCAGGACAGGCUCUCUCUCCGGACUGAAGCGCUGAGCUUUUAUUAACUCACUCCUGAAGUCAGACGGAUUUCAGCGCCGCGUGCUCCUCCGCUCACUCUGACCUUCGCCACUGUUUGGAUCUUUUCGCUUCUCGUGAUUUUGGGCCUCAGCUCGAGCCGGAGUGCUGUUUUUGCUGAGUUGUGAGGUCUACCUCCUCCUGUUCUGCGCGUGGCUCUCUGAGCUGUCCUAUACAGGAGCUGUGUCUGGGGGAUGCUGAGCUCAGUGAAGAUGGAGUGUGGUGAGGUUGGGGAGUGGAGUCUCUACAGUGAACCCAGUGAGAUGUAUUCCUCACCGAGCGCCAUGAACUCUGUGACUGGCCUGAACAGCUACAUCAACCUGAACCCUGCCGGGUCCGGCGCAGCCAUGAACAUGGGAUAUCCUGGACCAGGACUAAGCACCAGUCCGCUGACUGGCAUGGGCGGAGCUGGCAACCACAUGAAUUUGUCUCCUGUGGGCGCAUCACUGAACCCCAAUUCUCUGACCCAGCUGGGUUCCCCCAGCUCAUCUUUGGGCUCACUGUCUCACUACCAGAGCAUGUCCCAGCCCAUGUCCCAGCUUAGCUACCCGUCCCCGACCUCUUUAUCUCGGCCCAAAGAGGUGCCCAAGCCCUACCGGCGCUCGUUGACCCACGCCAAGCCCCCUUACUCCUACAUCUCCCUCAUUACCAUGGCGAUUCAGCAGUCCGGCAGCAAGAUGCUGACCCUAAACGAAAUCUACCAGUGGAUUAUGGACCUUUUUCCGUACUACCGUGAGAACCAGCAGCGCUGGCAGAACUCUAUUCGCCACUCGCUGUCCUUCAACGACUGCUUCGUCAAGGUGGCGCGGUCUCCUGACAAGCCAGGCAAGGGUUCCUACUGGGCGCUGCACCCAAACUCAGGCAACAUGUUUGAGAACGGAUGCUACCUGCGCCGCCAGAAGCGCUUCAAGAUUGAAGACAAGUCAGCCAAGAAGUCUGGCAGCUCUGGGAAGUCUCAGGAAGGCGGUAAUGGCAAGAACGAGCACCAGGACGGCAUCCAGGAGGACCACAGCCCGGCGGCCGGCUCAGAUGGGGCUGAUUCUGCCCAGUCUGAUGCAUCCCACCCUGGGUCUGUCUCUGAGGAACAGCAGAGGAACCUGGUUCCUCUGGACUGUCCAUCUCAAGCUACAAGCCUGACGCACGGCUCUCCGCUGUCUAUCCCGUCAUCUGUGCCAACCUCGAUGUCCACCGCCAGCUCUCACCUGCACUCCCAGGGGAUGGUGUCUGGCACCCACCUGCUGCCCAGCCCGCUAUCCAGCCACAUGCAGCAGCACCUAGACCUGCAGAACGACCCACUUAAGUCCCUGGACCCUCACUACAACUUCAACCAUCCGUUCUCCAUCACCAACCUCAUGUCCAACGAGCAGAAGAUGGACCUCAAGUCGUAUCAAGACCAGGUAAUGGCCUACAACAGCUACACUGCUUCCUCGCCAGUGGCCGCCAAACAAAUUUACGACAGCGCCGGACCUUCAGCCAUGGACUCAGGUGCAUACUACCAGACCCUGUACAGCAGGUCUGUCCUCAAUGCGUCCUAACAGGUCAGCAACAGCUGAAAACUCUAGAAACUUUCAAACUGACUCUCAACACCCUACGAGAACUUGAACAUUGGUUUACAGUGCUGGUCCUGGGGUGAUGUUUGGGUGUUUUUCCUCAAAACUAUGCUCUAUUUGAUCUAGACUUUCUAGAACAUUGGCUGCCCUCUACAACUCUCAACCUGGACCUCUACUUACACAAACUACAGAGUUAUAGAAACUGGAUCAGGUGUAUCAGAACCCAAAUCUCUGGGAAAUUAGACGUCCAGAAGACGGGUUGGUGAAUAGUUUGUCUUUUGUCUUAAAAAAACUCUUUAAAACGUCUCAGACUGAGUCUCAGCACCCUGCACCCUUUCAGACUCAAAUGAAGAGCAAACGGUUGUUCCUUCCUGAAGGCAAAUGGCAGCUUAGGCUGUAUUGAUUUGGUGUGAACCUCCAAAACCAAUACAACCUGUGUACAAAGGGUGAGCGGAGUCAAAAGACACAAACAAAAACAAAAAUAAAUCCAUUUUACUGAACUUUUCACCUCUUAACUUCAGGAACUUCAGGACUUUUGACAGCCUAUUUAGAGUGUGUAUGAUGUGCAUGGGUAUAUACAUAUAUAUAUACGUACGUGCAUACACUGACUGUCACAUGGGUAACAGGGAGCUAAGUGUUUAUUUAUGAAGGGAAGAAAAAAUUAAUAUAUCUUUUUAUUUCUUUUUAUUUCUUUUUUUGUUCUGCUCGGUUUUCGUGUUUUGUGUGCCGGCGGUGGAAGUAAGUGUGAGUCGAGGUUACUGCAGCGAGCGGCCACGGCCGUGUUACAGGGAAAUCCGUCUCGUGUUACAGCGUUAGCUGCGAUUCCUGUUAUAAAAGUUCGCAAACACUAACACACUAUGUACACACGGCUCUUAGCGUAUAGGUAGUGUGUUUGCUGCACUGCGUUGUGGUUUAACCCUUUAAAUUGCACAGCUAUUAUCCAGUUACUAAUUAUAUCAGGCCUGUUAGUAUGAGUCUUAUAAAGAUAUGUGAGCCUGUGCAGUUUAAAAGGUUAAAAAUAAAUAAAAAAAAAUAAUAAAAAUUACAUUUGUAUCCAAACCACAAAAAGCUGUUUUUAUAUUAUUAGUUAACACAAGUUUUUAGAGUGGAUUAAACUGUGGUAAGCUUUAGCGUCUUUGGUCAGACUGGCCCUUUUUUACUAAUUCAUCUCAUUCUAGAUUUAAGGCAAUGUUUGUUUUUACUCUUUUUUUGUUUAAGUGCCAGUAAACCUCUAUUGGUCACUAAGAGCAAAAGCAAUAAAAGCCAUUUACACACAGUACUUUGCACUAGUGACCCCUCUGUCUUACCCCACGGGGGCAAAAGGGGGCGUUUCCCUGCAAAAAAGGGGCGGGGGGUGGGCAAUUACUUUUGUUACUACAGUGCCUUGUAACUACCUUACUUUAUGCUUAAUGUCUGAUUCAGACCAGCAUCAUCAUGGAAUGCAUUUAUUUUUUUAAAUUGUAAUUUUUAUUUCUUUACUGAUACCAAACAAAGUCUCACAGGAGAAGUCCAGACAUUUCUUCUUUAAGGAGAAACAAACACUUUCAGGUCAGAAUUGUGUGUUAUGCUGUUUAGUGAACAGAGUGUGUUUAUUUAAACCUUACUCUCUGCUUUCAUUCUAUGAAAAGAAGUGCAUUAAUAUAUAUAUAUAUUGCUAUGAGGUUGAUUAUAUGGUGUGCAUGUAUUAAUGUGAAUGUUACGUCUCAUUCUUAUUAAAAUAACAAAAAUCUGGGGAAUGAUUUUGA